AUGGGUAUGGGCGUGGAUGUUCACGGCCUGGAUUACACCCUCGCGGCCAAGCGGGCCGUAUUCGACGCCAUCCACCACAGCAGCCUCGGCUUUUCCCGCCUGGUGGGCGCCACCGCCGACGAUAUGACGGUCAACGUGACCAUCGGCGCGCCCCACCCCGAGAAGGUCAACGCCGAUGAGGUGGCCGACUCCCUGCCCCAUGGCCGCGCCAACGUGGACGUCGUCGUGGGCGGCCUGCAACUCCUCAACGAUGACGGCAGCGACGGCACCCUCAUUGCCAACGCCAUCAUCACCGUCAGCAUCGAAGACGGCAAGUAG